CACUCUCCCAGAGGCCUGCCCCCACCGCUCAAGGAGGGCCAGACUCAGAGCAGGGGCCUCAGUGAGAAGCUGGCCGUGUGAGGGACAGCCUGUCGUUGGAACAGAAGUUUAAGGGGUAACAGCAAGGAACGGUAAACAGUGGAUCACACAUCAUUGUUGGUCACAAGGCAGGGGUCAAACCAAUCCUGUUUACGUCAGUCGAGAAACAUCCUUGAGAGAAGUGCCGGCCAGCUGUCGUCAGGUUGUUUAGAGACGUUUGGUUGCUUCUUCGGACGCUCUCGUUCCCCAGCGCGGUGAUGCGGGGCCCGUAUGUGUGUGCGCUGGUGCUGCUGGUGCUGCAGCUCCUGGGCUUCUGCGUGGCUCAGUUCCCCCGGCUGUGUGCCACCUCGGAGGCCCUGAGGACCAAGGAGUGCUGCCCGGCGUGGCAGGGCGACGGCUCGGCCUGCGGGGCCAUGUCCGGCCGGGGCUUCUGCGCGGAGGUGGAGGUGUCGGAGGAGCCGUGGGGGCCCCAGUACCCCCACAGAGGCAUCGACGACAGGGAGCGAUGGCCACUGGCCUUCUUCAACCGCACGUGCCGGUGCGCCGGGAACUACGACGGCUUUAACUGCGGCGAGUGCCGCUUCGGCUACCGGGGCCCCGGCUGCGGCGAGUUCCGGGAGUCGGUGCGGCCCAACAUCCUGAGUCUGUCGGUCGCCGAGCAACAGAGGUUCAUCUCUUACCUGAACCUGGCCAAGAACACGGUCAACCCCGACUACGUGAUCACCACGGGGACCAGGGCGGAGAUGGGCGUGGACGGGGAGAACCCCAUGUUCUCCGACAUCAACACCUACGACCUGUUUGUCUGGAUCCACUACUACGUGUCGCGGGACGCCUUCCUGGGCGGGCCGGGGAACGUGUGGCGGGACAUCGACUUCGCCCACGAGUCGGCCGCCUUCCUGCCCUGGCACCGAGUCUUCCUGCUGCUCUGGGAGCACGAGAUCCAGAAGAUCACGGGGGACUUCAACUUCACCAUCCCGUACUGGGACUGGAGGGACGCGCAGGCCUGCGACGUGUGCACCGACGCACUGAUGGGCGGCCGCAGCAGCCUCAACCCCAACCUGAUCAGCCCCGCCUCAGUGUUCUCCUCCUGGAAGGUCAUAUGCACCCAACCAGAGGAGUACAACACACAGGAGACGCUUUGCAAAGCCAACGGCGAGGGGCCUUUGCUGCGCAACCCUGGCAACCACGACCCAGGGCGCGUGACCCGCCUCCCCACCUCGGCGGACGUGGACGCGGUGGUCGGCCUGACCGAGUACGAGACCGACACCCUCGACCGCUUCGCCAACGGGAGCUUCAGGAACGCAUUGGAAGGUUUUGCCAACCCAGAGACCGGCAUGGCCAUCACCGGCCAGAGCACCAUGCACAACUCCUUACACAUGUUCAUGAACGGUUCCAUGUCUUCUGUCCAGGGCUCUGCCAACGACCCAAUCUUUCUCCUGCACCAUGCAUUCAUUGACAGUAUCUUUGAGCGCUGGCUGAGGACCCACACACCCCCCCGCACCCUCUACCCCCGAACCAACGCCCCCAUCGGACACAACGACGGCUACUACAUGGUGCCCUUCCUGUCUCUCUACCGGAACGGGGACUACUUCGUGACCAACAAGGUUCUGGGAUAUGAAUACGCCUAUCUGAUGGACCCUGGCCAGAGGUUUGUCCAGGAGUUCCUGACCCCCUACCUUCAGCAGGCCCAGAACAUCUGGCAGUGGCUUUUGGGUGCUGGGAUCCUGGGUGCACUGAUCGCCACCCUGGUCGCCGCAGUUGUCGUCGUGGCGAUCAGGAGGAGGAAACGGAGUAACAGGAGGAAGCUGCAGUCCAUCUACGGCGAGAGGCAGCCGCUCCUGAACAGCAGCUCGGAGGAGGGGUCCGCGUCGUACCAGACCACCAUGUAGCGUGGCCGUUUGGACACACACACACACACACACACACACACACACACACACACACACACACACACACACACACACACACACACACACACACACACACACACACACACACACACACACACACACGCUCACACACACACACACACACGCUCGCACACACACACAAACGUAUGCAAGCAGUACAUACUUGUGUCAAUGUGCACACCCCAUAGAGAGAACACCUCAUUGGCCAUUAGUGUGAAAUGAUUCAGUGCACUUAUGCACGCCAUUAAAGGGUUAAUUUCCCAAUGGCGCAAGCAGAUAAAAAUAGACCAAAUUCGAAUCCAUCUUUUCCCUAAAAGGCUAUUACUACUGCAAUUGGCAACCUUAGUUAGUUCCUACUGAGAGUGACAGAUCAUGAGAAGAUUGGGUUUCUUAAAUAUGCAAUUUACUGGCUCCACCAAGGAGAUUGAACACAUCCUAAAAGCACAUCCAAAGUGAGGAUUUUAUAGUUCCACCAUUUUACCAAAAGGUGACCUUUCCUCACUGACUUUUUUUUUGACUCUCUUUAGUUUCAGUAAUUUAUUAUUUUUGUUUUCCUUUUAUUUUGACUCGGUUCCAAGAGGAUCCCUCCGAUAUCUCCUGUAAGUCUCCUGAGAUGCAGUGACCCUGAUUGAACUGAAUAAUGAUUUAAAUGAAAGAGCUCAAGUACAAAUCACAAAGGAUGUGCUAUAUUUUCACUGGUGGCUAGCCGUAAACUCUAGUACCUACCUGACUCUGACCACCAGGAGGCUCUCUGACUAAUGUUAUUAUCCAACUGCCUAAGUCCAUGAACCACCGCUGCUAUUCAAUUUGAAUUGUAAGAAGAAAAUGAACUAUGAACGACCGUAUCUCGUCCGUGAGCGAGAUGCUCACUCUCGUACCAUCAGUAAAGUAAGACUGCAUUGCAUCUCAACGAUCCUACUUCUUUGGACGAGCAAUAAAGUUGAUCCGAGUCUA